AUGGCGGAGGAAGGUGGCGGUGGCGGUGGCGGUGGCGGUGGUGGUGUUGUUGGUGUGGCGGAGGUGGUGCUGGUUGUAAGAGAGUUUAACCCCAAGACUGAUAGUGAAAGAGUAGAACAAGUGGAGAAAAGUUGUGAGGUGGGUCCCAACGCCGAACUCUCUCUCUACACUGAUCUUUUGGGUGAUCCUAUUUGCAGAGUUCGAAACUCUCCUGCAUAUCUCAUGCUGGUGGCGGAGGUGGUGUAUGCCGGCGGCGAUGAGGCGGAGAAGACGACGGAGAUAGUGGGGAUGAUAAGGGGUUGUAUCAAAACUGUUACUUGUGGUAAGAAGAUUUCACGGAACAAGUCCGGCGAUUCUCCACGACCGUUACCGGUUUUCACUAAACUCGCCUACAUCUUGGGUCUCCGAGUCUCGCCGUCUCACCGGAGAAUGAGAAUCGGAUUGAAGCUCGUUUGUCGAAUGGAAGAAUGGUUUCGAGAUAACGGCGCCGAGUAUUCCUACAUCGCCACCGACGAAGCCAACGAACCUUCCGUUAGUCUCUUCACGGAAAAAUGCGGCUACUCGAAAUUCCGCAAUCCUUCCGUCCUCGUCCACCCGGUUUUCGCUCACCGGAUUCCGGUCAGCAACCGUAUUACCAUCAUCAAACUCACCCCUUCCGACGCCGAGUCACUCUACCGUCGCCGAUUCUCCACCACCGAGUUCUUCCCGCGCGACAUUGACUCAGUUCUUAACAACCAUCUCAACCUCGGCACUUUUCUCGCCUUACCAAAAUCCUACAUUUGGGCCGGAUCGGAAAACUUUUUAUCCGACCCGCCACAGACUUGGGCCGUUAUGAGUGUUUGGAACUGCAAAGAUGUUUUCAAGCUGGAAGUGAAAGGUGCAUCGAAGUUACGAAAAGGGUUUGCUAAAACGACCCGGGUCUUGGAUCGGGUUUUCCCAUUUUUACGAUUACCUUCCCUACCCAAGAUAUUUAGCCCAUUUGGGCUCCACAUGUUAUAUGGGUUUGGUGGUGAAGGCCCAUUGUACACCCGGUUCGCGAAGGCCCUAUUUGGGUUCGCCCAUAACCUAGCCAAGGACUACAAGUGUGGUGUGGUUGCGACCGAGGUGUCAAGUGAAGAUCCGCUCAAGUUAGCAAUCCCACAUUGGAAAGUGCUAUCAUUCACGGAUUUAUGGUGCAUAAAGAGGCUUGGGGAAGACUAUAGUGACGGAUCUGUGGGUGACUGGAGAAAGUCACAGCCUGGUUUGUCCAUUUUUGUUGAUCCUAGAGAGUUCUAA